GCAGGAGCCAGAUUUUUAUUGGAAGCAAUUGAAGCGGUUGCUAUGAGACCCGCCGGAGCAGAGGACCAGCAGCCAGCCCGACGCUGAUGGUUCUUACCUCGUACUAAACCUUUCUUUUGACACAGUUUUAGAGUUGCUUCAUAUCCGAGCCAGCACCUGACACUGGUGACUUUUUUGUUUUGUGUCCCCUUCUUUUUUUUUGCCUCCUCCUGUCUCUCGGGUAAGAUGGAGGUAGAAAGCGAAGCCAGCUGCUCCCCCAGCAGCGCAUCAGGCGGGUCCAGAGAGUACAAGGUGGUAAUGCUGGGAGCAGGGGGAGUUGGUAAAAGCGCAAUGACAAUGCAAUUUAUCAGCCAUCAAUUUCCUGACUACCAUGAUCCCACCAUUGAAGAUGCUUAUAAGACUCAAGUUAGGAUUGAUAAUGAGCCAGCCUACUUGGACAUCUUGGAUACCGCUGGUCAGGCUGAAUUCACAGCCAUGAGGGAGCAGUAUAUGCGAGGUGGGGAAGGGUUCAUCAUUUGCUACUCCGUCACUGACCGCCAGUCCUUCCAGGAGGCUGCCAAGUUUAAAGAACUCAUUUUCCAGGUCCGUCACACCUAUGAAAUUCCCCUGGUGCUGGUGGGCAACAAAAUUGACCUGGAAGAAUUUCGCCAGGUAUCUACAGAUGAAGGCUUGAGUCUGGCCCGAGAGUAUAAUUGUGCUUUUUUUGAGACAUCUGCAGCCCUCCGCUUCUGCAUUGAUGACGCGUUUCAUGGUUUGGUGAGGGAAAUCCGCAAGAAGGAGUCCAUGAACUCGCUAAUGGAAAAGAAACUGAAGAGAAAAGAUAGCCUGUGGAAGAAGUUAAAAGUAUCACUGAAGAAGAAGAGAGAAAACAUGAUAUGAUUUGCUUGUUUCUAACUCUUUUACUCUUUCUCUCUCUCUCUGUCUCUCUCUCU